AUGAAGUUUCAAUCUGUUGCCCUCGUGUCCAUCUUGGCAUCGCUCGCUUCGAGCGCACCAGUGUCUCCAUCCAACACAUGGUCUACCUUAACUCCCACCGCCACUUUGCCAAAAUCUGCUAGUGCCAUCACUUCCACCAGCGGAACUUUUGCAUUGUCCAUCAGAACUGUCUCGGCCUCGGUCAGCAGCGGCAUCUCUGUCAACAAGAGAGACGUGAUUUCUCAAAUCAGUGACGGCCAAGUGCAGGCUGACACCAAGUCUGCCACUGCCACCGCUUCUGUCAUCAACCAAAUCAGUGAUGGCCAGGUCCAGGAGAACACCAAGACCACAAAGAAACCUGAACCUACUGCUUCCGUCAUUAACCAAAUCAGCGACGGCCAGAUUCAGGAACAAACCAAGAAGACCACUGCUUCUGUCAUUAACCAAAUUGGUGACGGUCAAAUCCAACAACAAACCAAGGCUAAGACCACUGCUUCUGUCAUUAACCAAAUUGGUGACGGUCAGAUCCAACAACAAACCAAGGCUAAGCCAACUCCAUCUGCCUCUGUGAUCAACCAAAUCAGUGACGGCCAGAUCCAACAACAAACUAAAACUAAGACCCAAAAGAACACUGCUUCUGCUGUUGCUCAAAUCAGUGACGGCCAGAUCCAGGAACAAACUAAGACCAAGACUCAAAAGAACACCGCCUCGGCUGUUGCUCAAAUCAGCGACGGUCAACCUCAACAACACACUCUGGCUCCAGUUGCUUCUCAAGUUUCUGACGGCCAAGUCCAAGCGACUUCUUCUCCAGACGAGGCUACCGUUGAGGAGACUUGCUACGACUCUGAUGCAUUGACCAUCCAACUUAAGGACGGUGAAUUGAGAGACAGCAAGGGUAGAGUCGGUGCUAUUGUGGCUAACCGUCAAUUCCAAUUCGAUGGUCCUCCACCACAAGCUGGUACCAUCUAUGCUGCUGGCUGGUCCUUUGUUCCUGCAAGCUACGCUGGUGUUAACGAAAAGUCUUCCGACACUACCGACGAAGGUUUGAAGUUGGCUUUGGGUAAGCAAACCGUCUUCUACAAGUGUUUGUCCGGUGACUUUUACAACUUGUACGACGAAUCUAUCGGUGACCAAUGUUCUGCCAUUGAAAUCUUCGUUUUGGAAGCUGUUCAAUGUUAA